GGCAACCGGAAGUUGUGCUGAAAGCAAGCGGAUUUGAUCAGUAUUGAUAGGCCUAAAGCACACAUAUUUCACCUGUUUAAACAUCAUGUCUUUAGAAACUGUUCCUAAAGACAUAAGAAACCUGAGGGCAUGUUUACUGUGUGCUCUGGUGAAGACUCUGGACCAGUUUGCAUAUGAUGGGUGUGACAACUGUGAAGAAUAUCUCCACAUGAAGAACAACAGGGAUGCUGUGUACGAGUGCACCAGCUCCAACUUUGACGGGUUGAUAGCGAUGAUGAGCCCAGAGGACAGCUGGGUGUCCAAGUGGCAGAGGAUUGCCCGGUUUGCCAAAGGCUGCUAUGCAGUGUCUGUGACGGGGAAACUGCCCCCAGGCAUCGUGCGGGAACUCAGGGGCAAGGGGAUCAUGUACCGCCCCAGGGACGUCAGCCAGUCAUGACGACCAGUUGUGUGGACAGGUGUAUUUACUGGACAAGAUGGCCGCCACAUGUGGGUGCUUGUGGCAUCAGUUGAUAUGAACUGAGCUUAAAAUACAAACACA